GAACUUUUUCCUAAAAUAGAAUAUAGUUAGGUAGCAUAAAAUCUCGGUUUCUGCUUAUUCUCACGUCGAUUGAUUUUCUUUGACUUAAUUGAAGGACUUUGACUGAAAUUUGAGGAUGAUUUUAGUCAGAAAAAAUUCCCAAAAUUCAAAGACAAAAAAACGUUGAAACUGCUAAGGACACCCUGUAUACGCGCAUACGCAUAUACAGCAGGCAUAUAUGCGAUGGCUGCGAACAGAACGGCGUGCGGAACAGAACAGAACAGAACAGAACAGAACAGAACAGAAUGGAGCGGAAUCGAAAGAGAAACGGAACACACAGCGGAGAAGCGCGAGCUGACUGCGGCAGGGGCGCAGCAUGUUUAUUGGCGCAUCUCUCAGUCUUAAAUCUUUAUGUUGUCUCCGCGACGGGGUCCGCUCCAGCCAUCCCCCCUGGUCCCAUCGGAGAAAGACGGAGAAUCCAAGAAGAGCACCGGCUCAGGAAAAGGACGAGAAGGACCAACUCGACGCGCGAGGAGGGCCGUCACCGCUGCCGCCGCGCCGUCGUGCAAGGUACAUCGAGGGGACGUCGAGCGGCGUCGAGAGGAGGCGAAGACGAGGAGGAUGAAGAGCCAUGCCGCACCGGGGCUUUCACAACGUUCCCGUUUUGCGCUGCCAACUGAUUGUGAGCGGUGCGCGUGCCUGCCGGAGGCGAGGCGGCGAAGUCAUCGGAGAAUCGCGGCGCACGCAGGACGUCUCCGUCGACUGGACGUUGUACAUCAUCGUCGUCGCGAGUGUAGUGUUUACCUCACGCAUAGGGACGUAGGAACGCGAGUGAAUCGUUGAGAGAGAAGAGAAAAGAAAAAGGGGAAAAAGACAAACAACGGAAGAACCGGGAGAGGGAGAGAGAGAGUGUGCAUCGCAACGCGUGUGAAAUGGAUGGUACGCCAAAGAAAAGCGAAGCAGUGCUAAUAUAUGGAUGCCCAUGGGUGGAACUUGGCCGAAAUGUGCCAGCGCUACCAUCACGCUAUACCGGCGGCAGCGGCGACGCAGAAUUCCUCGCCAGCUAGGGAUCCCUCGACUGCCAUCGCGCAAGGCCUGUCAACCGCCGCUCUCAUCGAUCAAGCCAGCCCGUCUUAUUCGCACUACACGAUGCUGGACAAUUAUGACAGGGGUGAGGUGACACCACCACCGGCGGUGAGCGGCUAUGGCGGCUCCCCCGGCCUCCUGGCGCUCCAUUCAUCGCUUUACGCAACUCCCACGUCGAGAGCCUACGACAUCGACUCCGGUAUCGACGGCAACGACAGCUCGAUGCCCAUCGACACCCAAAUCAUCUCGAUACCGAGCAUGCUGUCUGGCCCGGCGCAGCAGCGGCUCGAGGAUAUGCCGUGGCUGGCCUCCGGCCCGUCGCUCGAGUACCAACCUGGUAUCUCGCCGAUUCCUGCAGGAGUGAAGAUGUGCCAUCCUGGCGGCGGCACCGCCCAGAGGAGCCUCAAGGAGCAACGGAUACGUCGCCCGAUGAACGCGUUCAUGGUCUGGGCAAAGGUCGAGCGCAAGAAAUUGGCCGAUGAGAAUCCUGAUCUCCACAAUGCCGAUCUCAGCAAGAUGCUCGGAAAGAAAUGGCGAGGACUGACUCCGCAAGACAGGAGGCCUUACGUCGAGGAGGCUGAGAGGCUCCGAGUCAUACACAUGCAAGAACAUCCGAAUUACAAGUACAGGCCGCGACGUAGGAAGCACGCGAAACGGACACCCGGUGCACCGUCCUCACCUCCCUCGGCGACCAACACCGCCGGCAACAGGUCCAAUCCUGCCGGCUCGGCGAUUCAUCAUUCCAUGUCCAAGAUGGACAGUUACCAGGGCAUGUCUCAAAUCCCGUGGGGUGGCCAUUCCCCGAUCUCAUCCCUGUAUCAUCAACAGCAACAGCAGGGUAUCCAGGAGUACAAAUCGGAAAAUAAUUCGCUCUACGGCAGUCCUUAUACGCCCAUCAUCCACACCCCGGACAUAUCUCCGGUGGCCAGUCCCGAGCCCGAUGGUGAUGGUGGUCAUCUAUCGUCCGCUCAAAAUCCAGAUCCAGAACGAGAUCUGAUGGAAGGUACUUCAAAGCAACAUGGAGACAUGUCUGAUCAGACGAAACGAUAUACCUUUAUGAGUAGUGACAAUCAACUGCACGCGGGUCACGCUAGUAACACUAGCAUAUCAUCGUGUCAAAAUUCCGGCAGUUAUACGGAUACUUUAACGUAUAAAAAAUCCAUGGGCUAUUUGAAUUUUGAGAGACAGUCAACGAGUAUAGCCGCAGUGGGCAUAGCGAACGGUAUGAUGGUGUCGUGCAAUAAGCUUCGCUCCGGUUUCGACAACGUCGGCUCCGUCACGGGCACGUUUUAUCCACCAGUCGCCUCGCCGCACGAUCAAUCGCUGCAGCAUUACAGCGGCACACAGACGUCUAAGAGCACAACGAACUAUUCGAUGCAACCUACCGUCGAGAGUAAUUACAAUCCGGUCCAAUGCGCCAACAGUCGACAGCAGCCCAUAGGAAUCCGCGGAGCCGCUGAAAGUUGUCCCGGCACAGUAACGCACCGAUACCAAAUGCAUCAUCAGGAGUAUCAAACGGACGCAUCCUCCGGUCAGCAGCAACAGCAUGCGAUUCUCGGCAGUCAUAUUGAUCCUGGUAUGAGUGCCGAGGAUGAUCAACAACAGACGCUCCAAUUGGAAAAAUAUUUCAAGUAUUCUCAUCCGACAAGCGUAGCACAUUCGAGCCUAUCCUCGCAGAAUAUGUUAGACAGUAACCAUAACUACGCCAGCGAUCUGCGCUACUACGGGGCACCGCCGCAGUCUCAAUUGGACAUAGCAAAUUCUCAGUGCAUCAUCGACGAUCAGCAGGGGAACAAGGAUGCUCGUUGUCCUAAUGUCGCGAUCGGUCACACUAUGGAGCAGUAUCAUCCAGGACUGGAAGUAUCCAAGUACACGGAUCACUCAGUGACACAACAGCAUCAGCAAUCACAACCACAGCAGCAGCAGCAGCAGCAGCAGAGCAUGGAACACGUACAGCCCAAGGCUGAUGACGAUUUCAGUGUUAUACUUGCGGACGUGCGCAAGACUUGCUACAGUAGCUAGUGUUUCUCCUUCUAGUGCACAAAACGAUACAGGUUUCGGAUUAGAUUGACGUGCGAAUUUCAGGGACUCAUUUUUCGCUCACAAUCAAGGAGAACAGAACACUUUGCGCGCAUUUUACGUCAUCACGUGGUUAGUGCUAUCCGAAAUAUAUCAAAAGAUUUUAUCUCGUGAUAAAAGGUACGUUCUUUUCAUUUAACUUUGGAAACAAUAUUUUAGCUCAGAGUUUUCACACGAGCAAAAGAUAUUGUUUGGAAUACUUAAUUUAAUUUUCAACACGGAAAAUAUUUAUAGUUGCAGUUUUAUCUUUUGUAACUCCGUCUAAGAGUAUCCUCUGUGUAUAAACAUGAUCUCUUAUGGAUGUCAGUACAAUUGAAAUUGCAUUCAUGCGAGUCAGUGGCAUAUAAUUGUCUCCUGUCAACAAAUUGCGAUAAAAAUAUGAUACGAAUAUAAUAAUACGAUACAAACAAUGAUAAAUUACCUGAUAUGAUCAAGAAUGUCAUCAUAUUUUGUUACAACGAGUAUCGUUUUAUUGAAAUUUUUUACAAGAUAUUAAAUUUCCUCGAGAUCUCUCCGAUAUCUUAUCUACAAUCUUAUACUAUGAACACUUUAGGACCUCAGAAACGUAAUGAGAUAGGUGGCACGACUAGUGUAUAGCAUUAAAAUUGCAGAGAGAAUUGUAUACUCACAUAGAUGUCACAUUAUUUUGUCACAUUAAUUUCAUUAUCAAAGAUAAUACAGUAGCAGAGAUAUAAUAGCGAUAGCGAGAAAUAUUAAAUUUUAUAUUGUUAUAUUAGAAAACUUUCACAUGUCAAGAAAUAUUUUGCAUCAGUAAGUCUUCUCGUAUUUAUUCCGAGAUAGCAGCAUUUACUUUUGGUGCUACACCACUGUGAGCUUUAUUGUUCAAAAGCUUAUUUUUAAUCGUUACAAACGAUGAUUUUAUAUAAUAUAUGUUUUUUGUUGUACAUAAAUUUUUCUUUUCUUGCUCAUCAGGGUGACAUUUCUAGCAAUUUGUGCAAACUGCACAUCAAGUUUCCUAGAAAUGCAAGUGGUGCAAAAUGUCUUCGAUGUGUAUAGAAAUGUGUAAAGAAUUUUGGGUAAAACUAAAUUAUUAUUAUAUU